CCCCCCAGCGGAGAGGAAGAGCACAGACAAGUGAACAACAAGCCAGGGCAAGGAAGAUAGGAAACUGCAUAGCGUGUGAAUGGAGCAAUGUGCAAGUACGGCCUCCCUGCUGGCCUCGGUGCGGGAGCAGGAGAGGCAGUUUGAGAUGCUGAGCCGAGCUCUGGAGGAGGAGCGGAGGUCGUGUGCCGGCACCCUGCCCCGCCCCCUCCCCAACAUGCAGAACGGCCGCAUUCCUUGUGAUGCAGACAUAGAGAGGCUGACACUGAACGAGGGUUUCAUCAACGGGUCGCAUCUUUUCAGUAUGGAGCCUGGUCAGGUGAUGCAGGAGACAUACACUGUGGAGGAAGACCCCCAGGAGUUGCCCCCUGUUGUCUCUGUGGAGACCAGUGAAGAUGGAACAACAAGGCGUACAGAAACGACGGUUAAGAAGGUUGUAAAGACUACCCACACUCGCACAGUCAUCCCCUCUGUGUCAGACACCCUUUCCCUGGAUGGUGGUGGUUCAGUGACAGGGAUGGGGGGCUACACUACGCCCAUGGAUCGGGUCUACAGGCAGGCCCCAGGAGGUGGUGUGCCAAUGGAGUACCCCACCCAUACAGUGCCACGCAACUACAUCUACGGACCUCCAGCCGGCUAUGACGACUACCGUACGGGACCCCCAUCUGAGGCCUACACAAGCCUUAGUAGAGGAGCUCGCAUGGAUGAUCGCUACAGACCUGUCCAUCCAGAUGGUUACAGAACUCUAGAUCCAAACUACAGAGCCCUCAGCAGGAACCAGCUGGAUCCCUAUGCUGCGCAGCCACAGGUUGGGCGUAUGGGAAGUGCAUUGGAGCUGUCCUCCAUCCAAAGGUUUGUACCAGAGCCGUAUGGACUGGAGGAUGAUCAGCGCAGCAUGGGUUAUGAUGAACCCGACUAUGGUAUGGGACCCUCAAUGCACUACAGCACCAUGCCACAUAACCACCAGGCAUUUAACCAUCGACCCCCACGCAGGACAGGGAGUUAUGAGGGCACCUUGGAUGGUGACAUGAGUGGUCCAGGGGACAUGUACUAUUGGGGAGGAGGAGCACCCCUGGCUCAGGAUGAGAGAGGCAGCAUGGCUUCAUUGGACAGCACUCUAAGGAAAGGGCCUGGCCCUGGUGGCUGGCGUCAGCCAGAGCUGCCGGAAGUCAUUGCCAUGCUUAACUACAGACUGGACCCCGUCAGAAGCAAUGCAGCUGCAUACUUGCAGCAUCUCACCUAUAAGAAUGAUAAAGUGAAGUCUGAUGUGCGUCGUCUGAAAGGCAUCCCAGCACUGGUCUCUAUGCUUGACAACCCAAAGAAAGAGGUUCAUUAUGCAGCCUGUGGAGCACUAAAGAACAUCUCAUAUGGCAAAGAUGCCGACAACAAGAUUGCCAUUAAGAACUGUGAUGGAGUGCCAGCUCUGACCAGGCUGCUGAGGAAGACCCACGACCAGGACCUGACAGACACCAUCACAGGAACACUGUGGAAUCUAUCGUCCCAUGACGCUGUGAAAAUGGAGAUCGUGGACCACGCUCUGCAUGCCCUAUCAGACGAAGUUAUGGUGCUUCACUCAGGCUGGGAGCAAGGGAGGAACGGAACAGGAGGAGGGGAGGAGAACUGCAAGCCCAGACAUCUUGAGUGGGAGACAGCCCUCACCAACACAGCAGGCUGCUUGAGAAAUGUGAGUUCAGAGCGAAGUGAGGCAAGAAGAAAGCUAAGGGAGUGCACAGGAUUGGUUGAUUCGCUCAUGUACAUCGUCCAAUCCCAGAUUGACUGUAAAGAUGUCGACAAUAAGUUGAUAGAGAACAGCGUGUGUCUGCUGAGGAACUUGUCCUAUCAGGUGCAUAGAGAAAUCCCAGGCUGUGAGCGCUACCAGGAAUCUGUGCCAAUCAACCAGGGCCCCGCCCCCUCCAGUCAAAAGGGAGGCUGCUUCAGCUCCCGCAAGGGCAAAGGGAGGAAAGAUGAGGAUGCAGCUGCAGACAUAAUUGACAUUCCAAAGAGGACCACACCUGCUAAAGGCUAUGAGCUUUUGUUCCAGCCUGAGGUGGUCCGGAUCUACACCUCUUUGCUAAAGGAGUCGAAAAACCCCACUGUGCUGGAAGCCUCGGCUGGAGCCGUGCAGAACCUGUGUGCUGGACGCUGGACUUAUGGGCGAUACAUCCGUGCCCUGCUGCGCCAGGAAAAAGGUUUACCCAUGAUGACUGAGCUGCUGGCUCAUGGCAAUGACCGAGUAGUCCGCGCCAUGUCUGGAGCCCUCCGCAACCUGGCCAUUGAUGCACGCAACAGAGAUCUACUAAGUAAACAUGCGUUGCCUCACCUGGUGGCAAACCUGCCCGGUGGAGGUCAGAGUCAGCCAGUGCGAGCGCUGUCAGAGGAGACGGUGGUUUCAGUAUUGAGCACGCUCCAUGAGGUGAUGGGCUCCAGCCUGGAAGCAGCUAAGUGGCUCAGGGCCUCACAGGGCAUCGAAAGACUUGUGCUCAUUAACAAAGACGGACAUCGCUCUGAGCGGGAGGUGCGUGGGGCUGGCCUGGUGCUGCAGACAGUGUGGGGCUAUAAGGAGCUGCGACGCACUUUGGAAAAAGACGGCUGGAAGAAGACAGACUUCAUGGUCAACCUAAACCCUCCAAGCAACAACACCCGGGCCAACGGAGGAUAUGAGGACAGUACUCUGCCACUCAUAGACAAAGGUGGAAAAGGCGACCGUGAAAUGAUUCCAAUGAAUGACAUGGGACCAGAUGCCUACUCCACACUGGACCAGAGAGGGAGAAGGAACACUCUAGAUAACACACUAGAACCUGCUGACAAAGAUGCAGUACAGGGAGGGAUGUAUGGGGAGAGGCAGGCCUCUUUGCCUCUAAUGGAUUCUUACGAUGGUUAGCUACACCACUGUCACACUGCAUGUCAGCGCAUGGCAUGAAGUCUGCAUAUCAGCUGCUCCGCAUGAUCAACUCCCCACACUUCUUCUCUUGCAGAAAAACUGAUUGUGUGCAUCACAAGACGACAGCCUCCUCCCACCUACUGCCCUUGCUGAACUGACAAUGAGGGACCACUACACUAAAGAUGGGGCUACACACCAUCCUUAACACUCAGCUGUUCUGUCCCUCUUUAUUCUUUUGUAGCCUCUCUCUCUCUCUCUCUCUCUCUGCUUCUCUGACAUUCCUUCAUUUUAAACUGAUGUAGAUGCCCUCUCCCAGUGGACAAACAGAACAAGACACUAUGACCACUUUGUGAUCUGCGAGUCCCUGGACUCCAAAACAGUAACCUCUCAAAUCAGCUACAACACUACAACUACGACUCGUCUGGACAACACUACUUCUUUCUCCGACAAAAAAAUAAAGACGAUGGAUUCAUCCAAGAACUUUUCUAUUUCUUGGAGAUUAGAACAUAGACCGAUGAAGCUUACUGGAAAGAACUGUCGGGAACAGAGCGGGAUACUUUUUGGUGAAAUUUUACAUAAUGGCUUGAUACUUUGGAAGAAAUUGAGGGAAAUGUGACAUUUCCUUUCUCUCCUUAUAUAGUACAACAACAACAAAAAACGACCAACAACAACCGAUGUUAAAUGAGCUUAUCAGAUAUGUGUUCAGCUUCUGCUUCUGUUUUGGUCGUGGUUGUUCCUCUUCUUGCUUUUGCUCUGUUCCACAGUAAUGCACACGUGCCAAAUGACACUGCUAAUGCUGCGACUGCCAAUACUGAAUGCAAGAACUUCAUACACUAAAGACUUUUUACAACAGCUACAGUCAUCUGCUUUGUUUUGUGCUCAGUUUGUGUAAGUGACAGUCCAUUGCAAAGAUGCAUGGGGAUGCUGCAUUUUACUGUAUAUGAUUGUGAUCUAUAGAUAUAACCGUGGAGAUACUAGAAUGGGUAUACCUACAGACAGAAAUGGAGAGACAAUAAAAUGAUUGUACAUCUUGUUGAACACAGUAUAGUCGGUUUAUCUAUAAUGUAAGCCCCUUAACUAUAAUGUAAUUCUUGGGCAAUACCACAUGAAUCAGUAGGUGCAUUUCCUUUUAUAUCUGCAGGUCUGUGAUCUUAUGAAUGUGUACUAACAAGACUGUCUCUGAAAGUAUCUGGGUGGGCUAACUGGAGUGCCUCAUCUGAUGGGUUUGUCCAACAUGACAUGGGUAACCAAUUAAGGUGUCUUUUUUUUUUUUUUAAAGCAGGUUACUCUUGUUGUGAAUACUGUCUACAGAACUCAGCAGUUUUACGGGACAGUUAAACUUGUAUGCAAGAGUUGAUUCUUGUCAUUUGGAUUGUUUUUUUUACAAGAAACUAUUGAGUUCUGUAUGAUUGAAAACUUCACAAACCCAUGUUCUAACCUGGCUUUAAAGAAACAAGAGAAGUAAAAAAAUGGGAGGAGACACAGUAUUGUCGUUUUGUUUUUUUUGCCCACAUUUCUUGAGUUCAGUGCUUGUUGUGUAGAAAAAUGCAUUUUCUUAGUGCCGACUGAGAUGUAGAUACUUACUGAGCAGAUGAUUAAAAGAAGCACUAGGGGGGUAUAAUGUGUUUUUUCCUUUUUUUUUUUUUUUAAACUUUCCUUUGUUAUUUUUUCUCCAUACUGAUUAAACACGACAGGCGAUGCCUCAUUUUGUCAAAGAAACAUGUUGCCUUUUCAAAAUGGACUGACUAAAAGAGAAUAGAGGAGCAAGGGUUUGUUUGAUAAUCUGUGUAAGGUGGACAAGACCAGAAUUUGACAUCAGAUAAAUUGAGAAAAAAAAUAAAAGCACAUUUAAACUAUAUAUACAAGAGAAUAUUUGUUAAUUUUAAUAGUUUAAUGUAUUUUUUUGAAUGUGGAUUUGGGUUUAAUUAUUUUGGGUGCUCUGGGUGAACGCAUAUGCAAUCAGUUUUUAUGUUGAAACAUUCAGUUUAUGUCUUAAUUAAAUGCAAAAUAAGUUAGCUAAAUGAAAUUCAAAGAUACUGGAACACUAAUGGAAAAAUCUGAUUAUUGACUACAGCGUAAUAUCUUUGCCUUGGCUCUUAAAGUUGCACAUUCUCAUUUAUGAAUGAAUUCUGUAACUAGCAAUACUGUUUUUAAUAAAAAGGAAAAUGAUUUCUCAGA